AACAUCGUUGACGUAAAACUCACACUAUUUCCUCACAACACAAAACAACUUUGAAUUCGACAACAACAACAACAGCAUGGAGUCCAGAACCUUAGAACUCAACAUUGCAUCAGCGAAGGAUCUUAAAGAUGUCAACCUCAUCGGCAAGAUGGAUGUCUACGCCGUCGUUUCACUCUCCGGCGACACCCACUGCCACUACAAGAUCAAAACCCAAGUCCACCGAGACGCCGGCACCAACCCCACCUGGAACUUCCCCAUCACCUUCACAAUCAACGAAACCCAUGCCCGCCAGAAUCGGUUGAUCCUCGAAAUCAAGCUCCUCUGCCAGCGCACCCUCGCCGCCGACAAGGAAAUCGGUGACCUCAUUGUUCCCGUCAGGGAGCUGAUCGACCAGCCCGGCGACGGGAAGUCCUUCCAGCAUGUUAGUUACCAGGUCAGACGACCGUCAGGGAAACCCAAAGGAGCGUUUAAUUUCUCCUACAAAUUUGGCGGGAAAUUCGCUACUCCGGCGAAUCAUGUGCCGGAGCCGGUCAUGGCUUAUCCUCCUCCGGUGGCGGGGUCGUCCGGUUCUGCGCCGUACCCUGGUGGUUAUCCUCCAUCAGCGCCGCUAUAUAGCGGCGGAUACACUUACCAGCCGUCGGCGCCGGUGUAUGAUGGGUACCCGGGUCAAGGUGGGUACGAGUACGGUCAGCCGCCGCCGGUUCAGAAACCGGCGAUUGGGAACAAGUUUGGAAUGAGAAUGGGAUUGGGAGCCGGAUUGCUUGGUGGAGCUAUCGGUGGGAUGCUGAUUGGGGGGAUGAUGUCUGAUGCUGGCGGUUGUGGUGCCGGCUACGACGGUGGUUUCGGUGAUGCUGGUGGCGGUUUUUGAUUUUUAAGUUUCAUUUUUCUGUUUUGUUUUUAGGUUUCUAUGAUAGAUAGGAUAGUUUGUUCUUCUGUUUUGUGUAAAACGUGGAAUUUACUUUUCUGUUUAUGAUAAUUUUGUGGAGUAUGAUUAGGAGCUUAUUGUUAUUAUUAUUGAUUUUGUUCUGUAAAUUAGAGUGUUUCACAAAUUUAAUCUCUAUGGCACUUUCUCCAUGGGGAUUUUAUUGAUAUGUAUAGAGCUGUUCAAAAAACCACUAUCAAUCAAAACCCAAUCUGUCAAGCUAAGGAAACCAAA